AUGGCCCUGCUGCCGCGGGCGCUGAGCGCGAGCGCGAGGCUCGGCCUGCGGCGCCCGUGCCCGCGCGCCCUCUCCCGCGCCAUGGCGUGCAGGCAGGAGCCGCAGCCCCAGCGCCCGCCGCCCGGCGCCGACGCGUGCUACGACUACCUGGUGAUCGGCGGCGGCUCGGGCGGGCUGGCCAGCGCGCGCCGGGCGGCGGAGCUCGGCGCCAGGGCCGCCGUGGUCGAGGGCCACAAGCUGGGCGGCACUUGCGUGAAUGUUGGAUGUGUACCCAAAAAGGUAAUGUGGAACACAGCCGUGCACUCUGAGGUCAUGCAUGAUCAUAUUGAUUAUGGCUUUCAAAGUUGUGAGAGUAAAUUCAAUUGGCGGGUUAUAAAGGAGAAGCGAGAUGCCUAUGUGAGCCGUCUGAAUACCAUCUAUGAAAACAAUCUAACCAAGGCCCACAUAGAGAUCAUCCACGGAUAUGCAACAUUUGCAGAUGGUUCACAGCCCACAGUUGAGGUCAAUGGGAAAAAAUACACUGCUCCUCACAUCCUGAUUGCCACAGGCGGUGUGCCCUCAUGCCCCCAAGAGAGCCAGAUCCCUGGUGCCAGCCUAGGAAUAACCAGUGAUGGGUUUUUCCAGCUGGAAGACCUGCCUAGCCGUAGUGUCAUUGUAGGUGCCGGUUACAUUGCCGUGGAGAUAGCUGGGAUCCUCUCUGCCCUGGGUUCUAAGACGUCCCUUAUGAUACGGCAUGAUAAGGUCCUUAGAAACUUCGACUCAUUGAUCAGUUCCAACUGCACUGAAGAGCUGGAGAAUGCUGGCGUGGAGGUGCUGAAGUUCUCCCAGGUUAAGGAAGUUAAAAAGACAUCCUCUGGGUUGGAACUAAGUAUGGUUACUGCAGUUCCUGGUAGGAAACCCACCAUGACAACCAUUCCAGAUGUUGACUGCCUGCUGUGGGCCAUCGGGCGGAAUCCAAAUUCCAGGGGCCUGAAUUUAAACAAACUGGGGAUUCAAACUGAUGAGAAAGGCCAUAUCAUAGUAGAUGAAUUCCAGAACACCAGCGUCAAGGGCAUCUAUGCCGUUGGGGAUGUCUGUGGAAAAGCACUUCUUACUCCAGUGGCAAUAGCUGCUGGCAGGAAACUUGCUCACAGACUUUUUGAAUGCAAAAAAGAUUCCAAAUUAGACUAUGACAACAUCCCUACCGUGGUCUUCAGCCACCCCCCUAUUGGAACAGUCGGACUGACUGAAGAUGAAGCCAUUUAUAAAUAUGGAAAAGACAAUGUGAAAAUUUACUCCACUGCUUUUACCCCGAUGUACCAUGCUGUGACCACAAGGAAGACAAAAUGUGUGAUGAAGAUGGUAUGCGCCAACAAAGAGGAAAAGGUGGUUGGGAUCCACAUGCAGGGGCUCGGGUGUGAUGAAAUGCUGCAGGGUUUUGCUGUGGCUGUCAAAAUGGGGGCCACAAAGGCUGACUUUGACAACACUGUUGCCAUUCACCCUACCUCUUCAGAAGAGCUGGUCACACUCCGUUGAAACUCAGAGACUUGGCUGCAGUUGGACCAGUAGACCCUCUGAGAGAUGAGCCAGUCACCUUUACUUCCUGCUCCAGUUUCAUAUUUCUUCAUUUUAAUCAGGAUCUUCUGAUUGUGUAAAUUUUUAGUAAAAACAGUACUAUUUAUGUAAUCAGAAAUUGGAUGUUAAUACAGGGCUGCUUUUCAUUUGAUCAUUUUUCAUAAUCAUUAAUGUCUUAAAUUUUUUAUUAAUAGCUCUGUGUUAGUUGGUUAUUCCUUGUUUGAGCCUCAUUCCAAGUAUAAAACUAUGGAAAGUACAAUGAAGUAAUGUACUUGAAUGAA